AUGAAAUGCACAGAAGACUUGUACAGAAAUGAUCCCAUUGCAAAUGAUGAAUUUUCGGAGGAAAUAAAAAACUUGAAUGAUGAAAUUUUCAAAUUGAAUAAUGGCAGUAUUAGUAUCAUGAAUGAGGAAGAGAAAAAAACAGAAAUGAAAAAGGAGGCAGAAGUAGAUGCUUGUUCACUACAUCCCAGUGAAAUGAGGGAUCUUUUUUCAUACGAACAGGUAAAAGAAGGUAGCGAAGAGCAUAAUCCAAAUUGUAGAGGUGGAGACAUGGAGGAUGACAACGAUAGAGUUGGAGAAGUGGAUAAGACUAGUAAUAAUAACAGCGAUAGAAAUGGAGAGGUCGAUAAGGCUAGUAAUAAUAACUGCGAUAGAAAUGGAGAGGUCGAUAAGGCUAGUAAUAAUAACAGAGAUAGAAAUGGAGAGGUCGAUAAGGCUAGUAAUAAUAACAGCGAUAGAAAUGACGAAGUUGACAGUUGCUUCUCACCCCAGGGGAGAAGGGAUCUACUUCCCAUACAAUCAAAUGAAGUGUCCAAAAUGGAUAAAAGCAAAAAUGAAGAAAAUAGUGAAUCCAACAUUUUGCAGGACACUUUGGAAAAUAAUUAUGAACAUGUACAGGUGAACAUUCUUAAUUUCGAUUUGACAGAGGAGGAUAGUAAUGCCCGAGAAGAAAGAAAUGAAGACAAGCCAGAGGAUAGUAAGAUGAAGUUAAAGAUUGAGAACCUCCUUAAGUUGAUAGGACUCCUCAAAGCCCAGAUAAAUCAAAAGGAUCACGAAAUUUACAAAAUGGAACUGGAUUUCAAACUGAAAAAGGAACAACACGAGAAAAAUGAAUUGACACUGAACGACAUACUGACAGAAAAUGAGAGCUGUUCAGAAAAUACCGAAGGAGGAGGUGGAGGUGGUGGGGAUUUCCUCAUAAGAAAAAUGAAAAGUAUUUUAAUUUCUCAAAACGAAGAAAUAAUUUCAUUAAAUGAAGAAUUAAAGAAAAAAUCGAAAGAAUUAUUUUAUUUAAAUGAAGAAAAUAUGACUAAAAAUGAAAAGCUAGCUGAAUUGAAAAAAGAAAUAGAACAGAAUUAUAUGCAUUUGAAAGAAUAUAAAAAUAUGAACAACGAAAUAGAAGUUAAUGCAAAUAACAAAAUGUAUCGUGUGGAAAAUUGCCUUAACCUGACGAACAAAAAAUUAAUGAAAAAUGAUAUAUACAUUAAAGAAAAUAAACUGAACAUGGAAAAACAAAAAAGAGUAAUAAAGGAAUUAUACAAUCAGUUAAAUAAAAAGGAAGAGCAAAUAAAUGAACUACGAAGCAUAAUUGAAAGUAUUGAACUUAACAACAGUAGAGAUAUAAUCAAAUAUAAACAAAACAAUACAGAUCUUAUUAAUAGAUUAAGUUUAAAUAAUUCUUUAAUGAAUAGCCAGAAAAUAGAAAUCGAAAAUAUGCAUAUGAAUUAUAAACAAUUAGAAGAAGAAUUAAAAAAUAAAGAUAAUGAGCUGAAAAAAUUACAUAAAGGCUUACUAGCCAAAGAUGAAGAAAAUAGGAAAAUGCUCCACGAUAUGAAUCGCUUAAAAUUUGACAUGGAAAUUAAAAACAUAGAUGUUGCUAACAUCAAGCAGAAAAUCAACCAUAUUAAGAAGGAAUGUGCUAUUCUUUUGAAAAAGCAAAAGGACAGAUUCACUAGUGUAAUUAACGAGAUAUACAAGGAGAAAGAUGAAAUUAUUAAAAACCACCUCGACGAAUUCUCCAAGUUGAACGCACAUUACAAUGAGGCCCUGGUUUCCAACGAGAACGUCAAAAAUGAGGUUAACAUACUAAAAGAUGAACUCCUUAAAAAAUCUUGUGAAAUGGAAAAGCUGCAAGAUAAACUUCUGGACUAUGAAUCCAAACUUCUCGUAUACGAGAAUAAUAACGAAAUUAAGAUCCUUAAAAAAAAUGAAGAUCACCUGAGAAAAUUACUGAACAAGCAUACACACAGAAAUGAAAAGCUUCUCAAUACAACUCUCCUGUUACAGAAAUCUACCUUAGAAAAUAACACAUUAGAGAAAAAAAUCAUUGAAUUAAAAGCAGAAACUUAUAGAAAAGAUCAAGAAAUUAAAAAGUUACAAGAAACAAAUAGUAGAAAUAAAAAUUCAAAUAGAAAUAUAAAUAUUGGAGAAUCUGAAGAUGUCAUUGCAUUAAGUGACGAUUUGAAGAAUCUUAAUGUAAAAAAUUUUUUGACGUAUGGUGAAGAUUUCCUAGAUGCAAAUAAUAAUAACCCAAUAUUGGAUUAUAAAAGGAGAAAGGAAAAAAACAAUGCGCUCGAUCAUAUGUUAAUCCAAAAUGAGAAUAACUUGAUAAAGCUCAAGCAAGAUCCAGCGGAAUAUGUUGCAUCAGUUGGAGCUGAUAGGUCUGUUCCAUUGCUCUUACCCUUCUCAGCAGCAUCGGCAAUUUCAGCAGUUUCAGCAGAAUCAGCAGCACCACUAGAAUCGGCAGAACCUGUAAAACUAAAUGAUGAUCCUGUCUCCAUAGCACUUUACGAAUUUGGCCACAGCUUAAGAGAAACAAAUAUUCCAUUCAAGUUCAGCAAAAUAAGUGAAAACAUGUACCUUCUGAAUGAUAAAAAAGUUUUUAUAAAAUUUAUUAAUGGAGAUUUGUACAUUGAAAACGACGUUCAUCAACUGGUCAAGCUAAAUGAUUACUUGUUGAAAACUGAACCCAGCUGA